CAUCAGACCAGAUACUCACCUGCUCCAGAGUCCACACGCCUUUCUGAUCUACACUCUACCCAGCAAACAGAAUGGCAAAAAGGCUUCAGUCUCUCUGGAUGACUCUGCUCCUUGUGUCUGUCACUAUGAUGCUGCUUCAGCCACAGGAGGUUGAAGGAACAGGACGUUGGUGGUGGAAAUGGCUCUGUUGUCUACAUAGAGCUGAGGAACCACAGCCAACAGAAGUGAUAGAUUUGAAAAAAGAAGUUAUGACUAAAUGUCAAGAAUUUCUAGGCAAUGACAAUACUGACAGGUGUAACGAAUUCUGGGAUAGGUUCACUGGUGCCUUCGUCAAUAAGGCCCCUCAGACUGUCACACCAGAAGCAUACAACGAUCUGAUUAAAGAACAUCCCAUUCCAAAAGAAAAAGAUAAGGUUCUGCUAUGGAGUAAAACCAAACACAUGGUCACAUUUCUGAGUAAGCUAACAGAGAAACACUUUUUCCACAUUGGGGAUACCAUCUUUGGUAUAAUGGAUGAGGCAGUAUGGUGUGGAAAAAACAACAACAAAGAUGUCUUGACCUCAGGUUGUCCCGAAUAUAUGGAUGGGGUGGAGCCUGUCGGGUCCUACUGGAAGAGGGUGUCCCAGGCAUUUGCAGAGGCAGCUGAGGGUACAGUCACUGUCUUACUGAGUGGAGCUGUAGAUACUCCAUUUGACACUAACAGUAUAUUUGCAGUUGAUGAACUGCCCAAGUUAGACCCCAAGAAAGUUACCUUGCGGGUAAUACUGAUCAAUACAGAAUCCCAACGGAAAACGUGUGAUGACAAAUCUCUGAAAGACCUGGAAAAGAAAUGGGGCCAUCCAGAAAAGUAUCAUUGCAGACAUACACUAGAGUCGGACUUAAAAAUUAGACCUCCUGCAACAUGGUGAGAUGGUAUUAAUGUCCAACAGCAAAUGGGUGCCAGAAGAAAUUCCAUCAAGUAGGACUCUACUUUCAUACAACUCUACCGACGCUGUAUACUCACACAUCCACCUGCUUGUGCUGCUCGUCUAUGUUCACUCUGCUGUCAAACUGGGAAUCUACAACAUUAACACCACCAGCCCCAUCAAAUGAUCACACAUCAGGACAUAUUCAGAUAUACGUAGGUUAGUUGGUAAACAAAAUAAAGCUUCAUGAAAUCAUGGGACAUCUUUUCAAAUUAAAUAUAACACAGACAGGAUCACAGCAAAACAGCAGCAUUUAAUCUGACAUUAAUAUGAUCAUUUGCUGCAUAUGCUGUAGGGUUUUUUGAUGUUCAGUAUUGAGCUCAGUUGUGACUGAUUUCUGUUAUUUUCUCUGCCAUUUAAUAAAGCUUCAGCAAAGCA